GUUGUUAAGUUAACUUAUCUAUUAUAAUUCAUGAAUUUCUCAGAAAUUCUACAAAAUUUAUUAUUCCCACCUCUUCCUUUGCCUACUUUGUCAACUCAUCAUGAUAUUGAAGUAAACAAAUGGCCAGUCUAUAACAACAAUGAUAUGAAUCGCAAAUUAUGCUUAUUAAUAAGUCAUGGAAAUGCUGUACAUGAAUUAUUUUUCAUCGAGUGUAUUAAUCAAUUUUUACAAAACUAUGCUAACAUAAGUAAACCUCAUGAUGAGUCUCCUCCAGUUCCGACUAUGGUCAAUACCAACAAUAACACAUUUGUUGAUAGUCCAAAACAGUCAACUCAAUGUCUGAUUUUCUGUUUUCAUAAAUCAUGGAGUAUUUAUGAAAAAUUGCUAAAUCCUAUACAUGCUGCCAAUAAUGUAUCAUUGAAAAAUAACUUCACCAUAAUUGAUAUGACUAUGAUGCUACAAGAUUUAUUAUUAAUUUCAAAUCAAAACGCCCAACUAGAUAAUGAUGAUAAAGGUGUAACCACUGAUGAGAAUAUCGGAACGAUUAUUAAGAACUACAUCAAAGAUAAGACUGAUGAAUUUCUCAAGAAUAAUUCCACGGAAAAUCCUUCAGAUGAUGUAAGACAGCAACAACAACAACAACAAAAUAUUGGUAUUUUCAUUGAUAACAUAUCAGCUUUAUAUGAUUUGGGAGUUACUGUACGUGAAUUAGAACAAUUUUUAUGCAGUUGGCUUUAUAAUUCACGUUAUUCGCAAACUGCUAUUAAUGUAGCUAAUCUGUUAGUUUGUAUUGGGCUCCAUAUUGGAGAUCACUUUCAAGAUUCAAUUGUAUCAGAAUACGAGCCUGCUUUGGUCCAUCUUGUUGCUUUAUGGAAAGCUCGUGCUUCAAUUAUAUUAGAAUGUAAACCAUUAUUAACAGGUUAUACAUCACUGGUUGAUGGUCAGUUAAUUUGUUGGAAAAGUUCAAUAACGAACAAUAAUGAUCUUCAAAAUGUUACCACUUCGAGUACAUAUCAUUUUCAUGUUGAAGGUAAACAUAUCAAUUGUUAUACUCCAGGAACUACAAAAUUGUUAACAUGAAUUUUCUUAUAUCUAUCUUGUAAAUAAAUAACUUUUUUUUUAUAGUAAAA